CCGACCUGCGCCUCUGAGUCUCAGCCACACUCGUCCAACAACUCCUCUACGCCGCGGUAGCAGCUCCCUGCUUUACAUCGUACACCCACAUCGACACAGCGAUUGGGUUGGAGGACCAGAAGGUGGCUCGUAUCAUCUAGCCCUCGUCAAAAGCUUGUGUACGCGCGCCGUGCCGCGCGGUCGUCGCAGACCAUGCCACCCAGACGAACAUUCGGACCAGCAGACUCGGACGCGGUAGAUGACAAUGAGCAGGCACCGCAUCCACAAACGCGUCGGAAGUCUACACGUGUAUCAUUUUCUGCUUUGCGGAAGCCAAGCUUCAGUCUGCUGCGGAGGAGUACGGUCGAUGAGGAGGCAGGAGAAGGGAGCGAAGUUCCGGACAAGCCUGCGAUUCCCAGCGCGCUGCAGUCAAGCGAGGCGUAUACCACGCCGUUGCCGACACUGUCCAUGAUUGUCCUGUCGAUAGCCAUGCUGGGGGAGUUCUUGUCGGCUAAUGUGUCGGCGCCAUUCAUAUUGUUCAUGGUGCAAGGGUUCAAUCAAUUCGACGAUGAAGCGAAGGUUGGCUACUGGACUGGCAUUCUAGUGUCGACGUUCUUCUUGACGCAGUUCCUCACGUCACUGCUCUGGGCGACAGUUGCCGCGAAGCAUGGCCAACGGAUUGUCCUCUUCACAUCUUUGCUCGGAAGCGCUAUCACUUGCUGCAUAUUCGGGACUGCCACCACGAUGCAGGAAGCGGUGGCCAUCCGACUGCUGCAAGGGAUAUUUGCCGGUGCGAUCGGUGUUGCGCGUGGCUGCGUCACCAUGAUCACCGACCAAAGCAACGAGGGAAGAGCGUAUGCUAUACUCGGGUUCUGCUGGGGAUUUGGUGGCGUUGCCGGUGCGAUCGUAGGUGGGACAUUCGAAUCACCGGCCAAGAAAUGGCCCUCUGUCUUCGGCAAUAUCCCAAUCUUCGUGCAGUAUCCUUACCUAUUGCCAACUAUGUUAGCGGCCUCUGUCACGUUCAUAGGAGCAAUCUUGAGCCUGUUCCUGGGCCCAGAUGGUGGUCCUCGAGAGGGUGCUAUUCGUUUGCCAGCUGAGAAGAUUGACACCAUCCCUGAGGAGGAGGAAUCGGUCCCUAGCACUCCUGUUUUCGGGAGCCCGGAGCGCCGAAGUGCGUACGGCUCGUUGAAGCACAAGCUCUCGAGACGGCUCUCUGGGUACUUCUCAGGACGCAACCAGGACGCAGAGGAGGGACCAUCGACGCCAGGACCCGCGCCAGAGCCCGUGCCACUCUCAAUCACCCCCUCCAACAGCGCCAGCAAGAUGCGGACGCUCUCAUCUACCAAUCGCGCGGACGGUUCUGCAUAUGGAUACGGAAGCGCGUACAGGAGCCGUCUUGCAAGUGGAUAUAGCCUCGGGAACAGGACCAGUGUGGCGGCUUCACUACGGCACAGGCGCGAAAGUAACUUCGAAGGCUUACCGUCGUCUGUGGGUACCGAGCGCGACCUCAAUUUCGCUCAACGACUCCUCAUGGCAAACGAGAACGCGGUCACGAACAUCGCCGAUCUGUGGGUCGCUGCCGCCAUAAACGUCGACAACGAGGAUCCCUUCGAAUCGGAGGACGAAUUCGAAGACGAGGAAGGCAACGUCGAAGGUGAGGAGGGCAGAGUAGUCUCAUCCGCCCUAGACGACCUCGACGAGGAGGACGUCUUCGGCGGGGCCGGGACUACGCCCACUCCCAGGAACAACCGCUUCUUCCGGCGCGAGUCGCACACCUCCGUCCGCUCGCAGUCGAAGCGCCCCUCGUUCUCAACAGCACGCCUGCCCCCGCCACGGAGCUCGCCGCGGCGCCCGUCGUACUCCGGCCGCCUUUCCGUGCACCGCCAGCGCUCGUCGCAGUUCUCGCCGCGCCUGCCGAGCGAGGACACGGGCACGCCGCCGCCGCUGCACCGCCGCGCGUCUGGGAGCAUGCCCCCCAUCUUCGCGCAUGUGGGCGUGCGGACGCCCCCUGCGGUCGUCGAGGCGCAGCAGCUCCUCGCGCAGUUGGAGGAGCAGGGCCCGGCGGAUACGCUCGAACCCAUCUUGGAGGGACCGAGGGCACAGCAGGUGCAGCCCGAGGAGGCGGAGGUGUGGGAGAAGGAGCCUUCGCUGAUGUCUCUGCUGCCUAUGACGAUCAUUGUGCAAUAUGGGCUAUUGGCGCUCCAUUCGACGACGCACGAUCAGGUGUUCUACCUUUACCUCGUGUCCAAGUAUCCCCUGGGUGGACUCAACCUCAAUGCAGGACAUUUCUCGCAGCUGAUCGCCUUAAUGUGUUUGGCGCAGAUCGCCUACCAGUUCUACUUGUACCCAAACAUCGGUCCUCCGAGGGGCCGGUUUUCGCACCUCGCCAUGUUCCGCAUUGGAUCGCUCCUUUUCAUUCCAGCAUAUUUGUCUGUCAUCAUGUACCGUGUGUUCGCAAGUGCGAAUGAUGACGGGAACCCGAUUCUCAUGGCCGCACUCGCUUUAAGCACGGCCGUGCGCUUCUGCGGAGGCACGUUCGCGUACACCGCAGUGUCCGUACUGCUGAACUACAUGUCUCCGCCACAUCUGGUGGGCUUUGCAAAUGGCAUCGCGCAGAGUAUUGUUAGUCUCGCACGGUUCAUUGGACCCAUCCUGGGCGGUACGCUCUGGUCUAUGAGCGUGGAGAACGGACCCGCCGGGUACCCGCUGGGCUUCAUUGCAUGUGCAGCAGCGUGCGCCCUCGCCGUGGCGCACAGUUUCUUGAUUCGAUGAACGACUUGCACCUUGCAGACCACUUAUCCUCUCGUAUACCAUUGGAGUUUGUAUCCUGGUUCACACUCGUCUUCCAGUAGCCUUCAAAUCUCUUGUUUCUCGUUUCUUUAUCGUUAUCUUACUGUUCGGCUUGUCAACGUAUUUGUGCAGGUAGAAGUUGUUCGGACGGACUAUGAAACAUCUCCUUUGCAACCCUCGUUCUGUGCCCGCAUCUCGGGCCAUAUAUCUGAG